GUUAAUCUGAAAUAACUGGUUAGUACAUGUUAAAAGUUUGUUCUUCAAGAGUUGAUUAUUCUGUUUGAGUUUAUGUUUUGUUUGACAAUAUUAGUAAAAAUAAACUGUUUUGUGAUUAUCCACAAAUAGCACAUAUAUAUUGGUAGGAAAAUUAAAACUGUGACAAUUUGUCAAUUUUGCAGAUUAGAAGUUUAUGUACCUACAAGAGUUGAUUAUUUUAUUCAAGUUCAUUUUUGUUUGAAAAUAUCAGUUAAAUAAAAUAUGUGUUAGCAUUUGUUACAGAUUUCAUUAGAAUUUCAUUAUAACCCUUUGUAUAAAAGCUAUAUAAAGUAAGAAUUUCAAUUGAACCCGCUGCUUAUACUUCAACGACAGAAGUGAGUGUCAGAAACGUCACCAUUUGAAGUGAGUAAAUGUGCACUGUUGGCCCGAGGCAAGUUUUAGGAUGGAGGGAGAUCCAAUUAUGGCGCGCCCCCUUGCUUGCCUAUAUAAUAAUGAACACUUAAACAAAAUGAUCUAAUGAAAAAACUUUGAUCAACAUUCAAUGUGAGAUAAACAAGCAUGAUCAACUUUUGGAACUGUCAAUUGGGUCAAGGAAAAUGUGGAGUCGCAGUUAUUCGAGUGUCUGGCAGCAGUGCAAGGGAAGCAUUGAAACUGGUAUUAAACUCGGAUACUUUACCCAAACCAAGAACUGCUGUUUUAAAACAUAUAAAACAUCCUACAACUAAAGAAACUUUGGAUAAAGGACUGGUUUUAUGGUUCCCGGGCCCCAAAAGUUUCACGGGUGAAGAUAGUUUCGAGUUGCAAGUUCAUGGUGGAUUAGCAGUUGUUAAUGGAAUUUUGAAUGCUUUGGGAUCUAUUCCACAAGUGAGGCUUGCAGAACCGGGUGAAUUCACCCGAAGGGCAUUUUUCAAUGCAAAACUUGAUUUGACUGAAGUGGAAGGUCUUGCUGAUUUAUUGCAGGCAGAAACAGAAAUACAGAGAAGACAGGCUUUUUUGCAAACAGAAGGAUCACUCAGCAAGCUCUACAAUAGAUGGAAAGGAAAACUGACAAAUAGCGUGGCACACCUGGAGGCCCAUAUAGAUUUUGAAGAAACAGAGACACUGGAACACAAUAUAAUUCAGACUGUCACCAAAAAUGUAGAAGUAUUGGCGAAAGAAAUCGAUGAGCAUUUAACUGAUGGGCGGAAAGGAGAAAUUUUGAGAUCAGGGGUUAAGACAGUUAUUUUAGGAGAGCCCAAUGUAGGAAAGAGUAGCCUUCUCAAUUUAUUGUGCCAACGUCCAGCUGCGAUUGUAACUCCUAUUGAAGGUACUACCAGAGAUGUAUUGGAAGUUACAUUGAAUAUAGCUGGGUAUCCUCUGGUGUUAGCUGACACUGCAGGUCUUAACGUGACCACCAAAGAUGUUGUUGAAAAAGAGGGCAUUCAGAGAGCUUUGAAAAUGUAUGGAAAAUCAAAUUUAGUAAUCCUCGUCAUAGAUUCAGGAAAGUAUGCUAAAGCAACUGAACAAAAUAUGAGUACCGACUUUGACAACUAUAUUAAAAAAUAUAUUGAAAAACUGAAGAUCCCAGAUUUAAUGAACACAUCAGAAGAUGAUCGCACGAUAUCUUUCAACAAGCAUUGUAUAGUGGUACUCAACAAAUCUGAUAUGCUUGGCAGAGAAUUUGAAAUAGAUGAGGAAAGGUUUGUGAAAAUGUCCUGCAGAACAGAAGAGGGCGUUCCUAAUCUGAUCAAUAGACUGACUGAGAAGCUAAAAAUUCUUUGCGGGGAACCAUCUGAAGAACAUCCCAGUAUGAAUCAAAUAAGACAUCGCCAACAUCUUACUGACUGUCUACAUUGCUUGCAAAUUUUUUUGGAUAAAAUAAAUCUUGAGUUCCAAAACGAAUCACACGAUUUGGUGCUGAUGGCAGAGUAUUUGAGAAAAUCACUGCGUCACCUUGGAAAACUAACAGGAAAUGUUACAACUGACCACCUGCUGGAUGUUAUUUUCAAGGAUUUUUGUAUUGGCAAAUAAUAUGAAAAGGAAAACCUGUCUUAUGAACUACGAAAAUGAUGGUUUUUCGUACAGGAACCAUGAAAGGCAGUUCUUCAGAAAACUGAAGGAGCAUGAAUUGUUCUUAUGACAGAUGAAAAGAUAUACUUUGUGCCACUAUUAAUUUUCCUGUGCACUGGAUGAGAAUAAGUGUUGGCCCCGACCUCAGAUUUCAAUCAAUCUGGAUGUGAAUCCUCAAACAACUCGGAUAAUAAAGUUUAUGACUACUUUUAA